ACGAAUCACUUGGCCGUGUAUCGUAGUUUACCUGGACCGAAAAGCUCUCGUUUGGGGCAUUCCUCAAAAUCGUCAGUGGCCUACAGAGACUUACCGGACCACGAGGACCUUAAUUCGCUGCUCUCCGAGCAACGCCACAAGCUAAUGGACGCCGAAGCGCUCGAGUCCGACUUCGACCUCCACCUAGCCUUUUUGCUCCAACUCGAAGAAGCCCUCGCCGACUCCCUUACCGUCCAUGUCCAUGCCUCCACUUCUACUUCCGCUUCCUCGUCCUCGAAUCCAAUUCUCGACCCUCAAAACGACGGCGUUCCGGGCUUCGAUACCCUCCUAACCGAUGUGGUCGCGAUGUACGAACAGGAAAUCAAGGAUCGUAAAGCAAGCGAGACUGAGAUGCGCAGAAUCAGAGAGGAUCUCGACCGUCGGAUCCACGACGCUAGGGUCGCGCGCGAGAUUCAGAGGAUUCCAGAGGAGGAAUGGACUGAGUGGGGCAAUAACUACGAAAAACCCUUCGGCUCCGGGGAGGGGUCCUCGAAUUCGAAGGUCGUGGAGGAGAACGACGACGACGUAUUCAAAUUGUACACCAAGGGGCUGGUGAGCGAGGAAAGGGUUAGGGGCCAGGAAACCUUUCUGGCGGGGAUAGGCGUAGCGAUAUGCGAUCCGAGAGAGAAUCUACUAUGGGAGGUGAGGAAGCCCUUGGUGGGGAACGGAAUGAGCAAGGUCCGCGCGCAUGCCAUGGCUUUGAUCGAAGGGCUUAAUGCGGCUCUUGCUUUGGAUUUGAAGCGCAUCACCUUUUACUGCGACUACUUCCCGCUCUACCAAUUUGUUAGUGGGAAAUGGCCACCAAAGCAGCGCAAGGUUGCAUUGCUAGUAAAUCAGGUGACUCUUCUUCAGAGAAAAUUUAAAUAUUGCAACCCCAAGUUCGUGGCACGAAAUGAUAUUAAAUUUGUGUUUAAACUUGCAAGAGAGGCCAUAGUGUCUCAGAUUAGCAUACCUGCAGAAUCUAGCCGUGGCAAGGAUCUGAAUGAGACUUGUGUAAUUUGUUUAGAAGACACUAAUGUUAGUAAGAUGUUCUCGGUUGAUGGCUGCCUGCACCGGUAUUGCUUUUCGUGUAUGAAACAACAUGUAGAGGUGAAGUUACUUAACGGGAUGGUGCCCAAAUGCCCUCACGAAGACUGUAAAUCAGAGCUUCUUGUUGACAGCUGCAAAAAGUUCUUGGCACCUAAGUCAAUCGAGAUCAUGACGCAACGCAUAAAGGAAGCUUCAAUACUUGUGACAGACAGAAUUUAUUGCCCAUAUCCAAGAUGCUCAACGUUAAUGUCAAAAAGUGAUGUUUUUGAAUACAACAAAGAUUUUGUGGCUGUUGAACGAUCUGGAGCCAGGAAAUGCAUGAAAUGUCAUGGCCUUUUUUGUGUCAAUUGCAAGGUCCCUUGGCACAGUAAUAUGACAUGCCAUGCUUAUAAACUGUCAAACCCUCAUCCUCCUGCAGAAGAUGUGAAGCUGAAGUCUCUUGCAACAAGAAAUCUGUGGCGCCAAUGUGUGAAGUGCAACCAUAUGAUUGAACUUGCUGAAGGUUGCUACCACAUGACUUGCAGAUGUGGGUAUGAAUUCUGCUAUACUUGUGGAGAUGAGUGGAAGAACAAACAAGCAACGUGUUCCUGCCCACUCUGGGAUGAGGACCAGAUUUGGGUUGACCGGGACAGAGACUUCGAUGAAGAAGAGGUAGAAGACGAAGAUGGCGAGUACUAUGACUCUGAUUCAGAUUAUUAUUUUUAAAUUGAUAUCUCUCUUCUCUCUCUCUCUCUUCUUUGAAACUGCUUGCCACAAAUUCUUUCAUUUCUCAUAUUUUGUUAGGGAGAAUGAAAGAAUAAAUUAAAAAAUAGUUAAGAAAAAGCAGUACAGAGGCUUUGGGAUGAGGACCAGAUUUGGUUUGGCGACGACAGAAACUUCUAUGAAGAAGAGGGAGAAGACGAUGAUAACAACUACUAUGGCAUUCAGUUAUUAUUAUUAUUAUUAUUAUUAAAUUGAUAUCC